GAUUGGUUGGUCCCUCCCCUGUGUGAACAGCCUUUGUCGCAAGUAAAAAAAAAAGCCUUUUCAAAGUUUUGUCUCCCCCCCCUCUCUCCCAACCUCCCUCCGAGCCGCUAAGCAUCAAGUGCAGCCUACACGGAGCGCUCCGGCCGCGACUUCUCCCAGCCGCCGUGUUGCAAAUGCCAUGAAGACAGGCGAACAGUCACGCACUGAGAAGAGCACGUCUGGGAUGCACUAGCAGUUUGUUUUAUGAAAAAAAAAGGGAAUAAUAUUUGUAUAAAAACAACAAACAAUACAUUGCGGAUUUAUCAUAUCAUCAAUCGAAUGCAAGCAGAGUCAGAGCGAUCAGUGCAAUGGGCCCUGUUCCCCUGUGUCUGCUGCUUCCUGUGACCCUCCUAUUGGCCGUGACGGCGGCGCAGGAGGAUGACCUCACCUGGCCGCAGUGGCCGGUUCCGCUGGUGAGGAGCAGGCGCACCGUCCCCCUCGACUCCCCCGGCUUCACCGCCCGGCCACAACCCCGGCAGAGCCCCGCCUGCGGCAUCGAGUGCCAGCGCGACCUCCCCGACCCCUCCCUCGACCAGCUGGAGGAGCUGCUGUCCUACGAGACCGUGUACGAGAACGGCACGCGCACCCUGACCUCCGUCUCCCUGCAGGGGCUCAACGACAUCCCUUCCUGGCCUGGGAACGCGUCCUCCUCCUCCUCCUCCUCCAGGUCGCGGCAGAGACGAGAGGUGUACGGCAUGGACACGCGCUUCACCAUCGCCGACAAACACUUCUCCACCAAGUACCCCUUCUCCACCUCCGUCAAGAUUUCCACCGGCUGCUCCGGGGUGCUGGUGUCCCCCAAACACGUGCUGACCGCCGCCCACUGCAUCCACGAUGGGCAGGAUUACCUGGCGGGGGUGCAGAAGCUCAGUGUGGGAGUGCUGAAGGAGAAGGGCCGCAGGGGAAAAGGAGGGAAGGGGAGAGGAGGAGGAGGACGAGGACGAGGGAAAGGGAAGAGGAGAAAGGGGGACGAGGAAAAGGAGGAGGGAGACGAGAAAGAAGAGAACGGAGGCGAGAGGCGAGGGAAAGGGAAGGGUAGGAAAGGUCGGAGCCGCCGCAGCGCCGAGGCCGCCAAGCCAUCGUUCCGCUGGACGCGCGUGAAGCAGACCCAGGUCCCCAAGGGCUGGUUCAGGGGCGUGGCCGACAGCGUGGCGGCGGACUACGACUAUGCCGUCCUGGAGCUGAAGAAGAGUCAGAAGCUCCGCCCCAUGGACCUGGGCGUGGUCCCCUCGGUCCGCAAGCUGCCCGCCGGCCGGAUCCACUUCUCAGGCUUCGAUGACGACCGGACCGGGGACCUGGUGUAUCGCUUCUGCUCGGUGUCGGAGGAGUCCAACGACCUGCUGUACCAGCACUGCGACGCCAAGCCGGGCUCCAGCGGUUCGGGGGUGUACGUCCGGCUGAAGGAGCCCGGGAAGAAGGCGUGGAAGCGGAAGGUGAUCGGGGUGUUCUCCGGGCACCAGUGGGUGGACGUUAACGGGAACGGAGCUCAGCAGGACUUCAACGUGGCGGUCAGGAUCACGCCCCUGAAGUACGCCCAGAUCUGCCUUUGGGUCCACGGAGACUCGAGCCAGUGUCGCCACAUCUGAUGAGGCAAACGCCCUUCUCCUCUCCUCUCUUCCCCUUCUCUCUUGUCCUCCUCUCUCCUCUCCUCUCCUCCUCUCUCCUCUCCUUCUCUCUCCUCUCCUCUCUUCCCCUACUCUCUUGUCCUCUCCUCUCCGCUCCACUCCUCCUCUCUCAUCUCUUCUCCUUCUAUCUUCUCUUGUCUUGUCACCCCCCGUCAGCUCCUUCUAUCUCCUCUCCCCUCUUCUCUCUCCUCUUUCUAUCGUCUAUUCUCCACUUAUCCCUCUUUACUUCCACCCUCCUCCUCUCUCCUUUCAUCUUCUCUCCUCUCUUCUCCUUCAAUCCUCUCUUCUAUUCUCCUCUUAACCCCCCUGUUCUCUGCUCCUCUUCUCUUCUCCUCUCAUCUCUGAUGUCCUCUGUGACACAGGCUCCUGACACAACAUGUGCCCCCCCCGUCCCCCCCCCCACACACACACACACACACACGCACAAACA